AUGAUCCUACACCAAAAAUCUCGCUGCCCGGCCCUUCCGUUCUCGAUUUAUGGCCCCAACAUCGAUCUGGGCGCCCUUUUAGUGAGGGGGAGGCAUUCUACCAUCCUCCCGCACCAAAAAUUUCGCUGCCCGGCCCUUUCGUUCUCGACUUAUGGCCCGAACAUCGAUCUGGGUGCCCUUUUAGUGAGAGGGAGGGUAGAUGAGGGUGUAACUUUUUUUCGUCCAACUCUCUUGACUAACCCUUCUGGUAUCCUACUCUACAGCAUUCUACCAUCCUCCCGCACCAAAAAUCUCGCUGCCCGGCCCUUUCGUUCUCGACUUAUGGCCCGAACAUCGAUCUGGACACCCUUGAGUGACGAGGAGGGAAAGCAUUCUACCAUCCUCCCGCACCAAAAAUCUCGCUGCCCGACCCUUUCGUUCUCGACUUAUGGCCCGAACAUCGAUCUGGGCGCCCUUUUAGUGAGAGGGAGGGUAGAUGAGGGUGUAACUUUUUUUCGUUCAAACCUCUUGACUAACCCUUCUGGUAUCCUACUCUAUAGCAUUUUGCCAUCCUCCCGCACCAAAAAUCUCGCUGCCCGGACCUCCCGUUCUCGACUUAUGGCCCGAACAUCAGGGUUAGUUGGGCAUAGGGACGAGGAGGAAAGGGGUUGUACUAGCCCAGGCUCUAUCACUCUACUCUGCAACGUUCUGCAAUCCUCCUGCACCAAAAAUAUCGCCGCCCGGCCCUCCCGUUCUCGAUUUAUGGCCCGAACAUCGAUCUGGGCGCCCUUGAGUGACGAGGAGGGAAAGCAUGUUACCAUCCUCCCGCACCAAAAAUCGCGCCGCCCGCACCUCCCAUUCUCGACUUAUGACCCGAACAUUGUUCUGAGGGGGCUUAAGCGUUAUGGAGUGAAACAUUGGGAGGAGGGAAAGGGUACUACAAACCUCCCGCACCUAAGACCUCGCUGCCCGGACAUCCUGUUCCCGACUUAUGGCAUGAUCAUCGAUUGUUUUAUGCCCCUCCCGGAACAAAGUCCUCGCCGCCCCUACAUCUCACUCGAAAGCUAUCACUCGAACUUCACAUGCUGCGGAAACGAGAGGUGCAAUAACACGACAUCACCAUCGUUACUCCUGCCUCUCUUCACCGCGAUGUACGGCUCCCAUUUCAACUUUCUAGAACACAGGAACGAGACGCUGUCACGAGCCGUCAGCAUUAGGCAAGCGAACCAAAAGACAAGAAAACAAGAUCGUGCGCCGACUGAGAGCGCGACACAUCCAGAGCAUCAUUCAGCAUCGAGCCAAAAGAAUAGAACACGGCGCUCUCUGAAAUCAGGACAAGGCUAUGGCAUCAUCAGCGUCAGACGCAACAAGUGCGCCAUCAGGGUUGGGUAUUAA